GACCCAUUGGAAUGUUGGCCACGCAUGCAUCGGAAUCGGAUGAAGCAAAAACUCCAAUGUGAACACGCACGCACAAACAGUUCCAAAAUAUGGAGGCGUGUCUGCCAAUUUUUCUACAUCUAUAGUGUGAAUCCAAACCCCUUAAUUCAAGCCGCGUCAUCUUCUACACCAUUCUCAUCAAAUAUAUAUCUCAAUAAUUCAUCUCCUUCCUCACAACUAUUCACGCCACUCUUCAUCCAUGUGCAUGUAGUGCGUGAAACUAAUCAUGCCGGAAUCUCGCCAAACUAGCUCCACCAAAUGCUUCUCCGCCGUUCUCAGCCGGUUGCUUUGCUCCGGCGGCCUCCCCACGCACCCCUCGGAGCAGUUAAUCGAGCCGAGUGUCGAAAAAUUCGAGUUUCCGAAGCCUCAGGAGAAUGCGAAGAGGAGCUCGAGCCCGGGAGUGGUGGCCAGAUUAAUGGGGCUGGAAUCGUUUCCUGCAGAGAAUCACAAUAAGGAGAGAACAUUGGGCGAUUUCUUCAGAAGUAGGUCAGUGAAUUCCAUCGAUUUUCUCUCGCAUUUCGAUCCUAGGAAACAUCAACACCGGAGAGUCAGAACUUCGGUUUCGUUUCGCGAGGGAGUCAGUGAUGAUUUCGCGAGUGUGUUUCUACUCUUGGAAGAGGAAUUUCAGGCCAAAAUUAACGAGGAUAUGAGAGGGAACAGAGUUUCGAAUGAAAAAAAUGUGGAAAUUCAAGAGAAAAGAAAAUCGGUUUAUGGAAAAAAUGUAGAGAUUAAGGAGAAAAAGGGAUCGGUUUCUUCGAAGAAGAAGGGGGAUUUGGAGGGGAAAAGAAGAGCAGAUUUGAAGGAGAGAAGGACAUUGACGAAGGGAGUCAAGUGUGAGGAAGAGUUGAAGAAAAAGAAGAAGAAAAAGAGCAAAAUUUUGGGUCAUAAUAAAUUGAAUUUUGAUUUCAAGAAAAUACACCCUCAAGGAGCUGCAACAGAAGUGGCAAGAGUUGGAAGUCCAAGAAAACACCAACCAUCCCCAACUGCAAGCUCUCAAUCUCAGAGUUCAUCUUCAAAUACUUCAUUCUCUGAUAAUGUGGAGGUCAGAGCGAUUAUUACGGAGAAAAAUGAAGGGAAAAUUGAGAUGAAUGAUGAUUUUUUCUACAAAAAAAUGGUGGAAGAAAUCUGCAUGCUGACGGAAGAAAGUGCGAGAGAGAAUUGGAUUUAUGGGAUGGAGCUAAAUUUCGAAAAUUUGGAGGAAAUGUGUCGACAGUUUGGACAAGAAAUUCUUGAAAUUUUGUUGGCACAGUUUGUUGAUGAACUUGUUCUAUAUUUUGGAAAAAGAAAUUAGGAUUGAUUGACUGCACAAUCAUCAAUCAGUAUUGAGAUUUGACUGUUUUUAGGUAGAAUUUGUAAGUGCUGAAUGUUCAUAUGAAUUAAUUUGAACUCUCUGCUUUAGUAAU